AUGCCCUCCAUGUCAAUAUCUCUUUACCCGGACAUCACCGGGCAUCUCCAUUCCUUUCUACGUCGCGAUGUCGGCCGUUCUCUCUCGCUUUCCAGCGUGCUACUGAACAUCUCGUCGCCUAUUUUGUUCCUUCUGUCGUCAUGUCUUGCUCGCUCUUCCUUUCAGGCACUCUUUCUUUCUUUCUUUCAUUCUUUCUUUCUUUCUUUCUUUCUUUUUUCUUUUUUUCUUUCUUUCUUUCUUUCUUUCACACUCUUCCUUCCAGACUCUUUCUUUUCAGGCUUUUCUUUCUUUCUUUCUUUCUUUCUUUCUUUCUUUCUUUUCUUUCUUUCUUUUUUCUUUCUUUCUUUCUUUCUUUCACUUUCUUUUCCUUCCAGGCUCUUCCUUUCAGGCACUAUUUCUUUUCUUUCUUUCUUUUCUUUCUUUCUUUUCUUUCUUUUCUUUCUUUCCACUCUUCCUUCCAGGCUCUUCCUUUCAGGCACUCUUUCUUUCUUUCUUUUCUUUCUUUCUUUCUUUCUUUCUUUCUUUCUUUCUUUCUUUCCUUCCAGGCUCUUUCUUUUUUCUUUCUUUUUUCACUUUCUUUCUUUUUCCUUCCUUCCAGACUCUUCCUUUCAGGCCUCUUUCUUUCUUUCUUUUCAUUUUUCUUUUUUUCUUUCUUUCUUUCUUUCUUUCUUUCUUUCUUUCUUUCCAGGCUUCUUCCAGGCUUUCUUUCAGGCACUCUUUCUUUCUUUUCUUUCUUUCUUUUCUUUCUUUCUUUCUUUCUUUCUUUCACACUCUUCCUUCCAGGCUCUUCCUUUCAGGCACUCUUUUCUUUCUUUCUUUCUUUUCUUUCUUUCUUUCUUUUUCUUUCUUUCACACUCUUCCUUCCAGGCUCUUCCUUUUAGGCACUCUUUCUUUCUUUUUUUUCUUUCUUUCUUUCUUUCUUUCUUUUCUUUCUUUCUUUCACACACUCUUCCUUCCAGGCUCUUCCUUUCAGGCACUCUUUCUUUUUUUUCUUUCUUUUUUCUUUCUUUCUUUCUUUCUUUCCAGGUUCUUUCUUUCACACUUUUUCCUUUCCAGGCUCUUCCUUUCUUUUCUUUUUCUUUCUUUCACUUUUUCUUUCAGGCUCUUUCUUUUCAGGCUUUCUUUCUUUCUUUCUUUCUUUCUUUCUUUUCUUUCUUUGUAAUUCCUUCCGUUUGUUUCUGGUCAUAUUUUCCGAAACAUUACUUUUUUUUCAUUUCCUUCUUUUUUGGUUUUCUUUCGAUUUUUUUUCGAUUUCUUUCUUUAUUUAUUUCCUUCUUUCUUUAUUUCUUACUUCAUUUCUUCUCUGCUAUUUUUGAAUUUUUCUUUUUCCUUUUCUUCUACCCAUUCUGUUUGUGGUCAAUUUUGGCGAUUGACUUCUUUCUUUCUUUCUUUCUUUCUUUCUUUCUUUCUUUCUUUCUUUCUUUCUCAUUAUUUGUUUGUCUGCUUGUCUCUUUCUUUCUUCAUUUAUUUAUUUGUCUCUUCUCUGUUAUCUUUGAAUUUUCUUUCCUUUUUCUUUUUUCCUUGUUUUUCUAA